AUGCCGCCUCGGCCGUCUACGUCGCCGCGAAUCGCAUCCUCUGACGGAUCGCAUGCAGGGACAACAUCGAUGCGGUCCACUUCGCAACGCGCGUUGUCCGCGGGGGUCGCGCACCUGACCCCCGAGAGCAAGCCGAUCACCAGCUCACGGCCAUCGUUCAAGGCGGCUCCGUCAUUGAGCGACAAGGGAGAACGGGUGAAGGUGUGCGUGCGAGUGCGACCUGCCAUCGGGGAGGAGCAGCCCGGGUCCGUGGAUGUCGGUGUUGACGGAAAGUCGGUUCGCGUCAACCGGUACCUGUCAGUUCGCAGCAAUGUGGCAUACUCCGACUUCGAGUUCGACAAGGUGCUGCCCACGACGGCCUCGCAAAUGGACGUGUACGAUGUGGCCGGCAGGCCGGUCGUCGAAGACGUGCUGAUGGGAUACAACGGCACGAUCAUGGCCUACGGGCAGACUGGCGCAGGCAAGACGUACACCGUCGGAAACGAAGUCAACACGGAGGGCAUGAUCUCGCGCGCGAGCGCCCACAUAUUUGAGGCAGCGAAGCAUGACUCCGAACACGAAUACCAAGUCUACAUGUCUUAUCUGCAGAUUUAUUGCGAGAUCGUCCACGACCUGCUGGUGGAGGACAUGGAGUCACUCAACCUGCGAGAAGACAUGGACGGCAAAGUGUAUGUGGAGGGGGCUCGUCGUGUGGAAGUCAAGUCUGUCGACCAAGCGCUGCGCGUGAUUCUCGCUGGUGAGCAGAAUCGCGUGUACGCGUGCACGAAGCUCAAUGCGCAUUCCUCGAGAUCUCAUGCGAUCACCAUCGUGACGGUCGAGAAGCGGCGGCGAGUGUCGGACGGCACGAAGCGACCGGAAAAGAUGGUGAUUGGGAAAUUGUUUCUCGUGGACCUCGCGGGAAGCGAGCGACUCAAGAAGUCGAAGAGCGAAGGAGUUCGUAAGGACGAAGCCAAGGCAAUCAACAAGUCGUUGUCGACUCUUGGCAUGUGCAUCAAUGCUCGCGCCGACCCAAAUGCGACCUAUGUUCCAUUCAGAGACAGCAAGCUCACGAGGCUGCUGCAGGAGUCCCUGGGUGGCAACUGCAAAACAACGCUGAUCGUCUGCAUCCCUGACGUUGUCGAUCACGUGGAGGAGACAGUGUCGUCCAUGCUGUUUGGCUCGCGCGCUAUGCAAGUGAAGACGCGUGCGCAAGUCAACGAGGUUGUCGACUACAAGGCGUUCGUCACGGAGAAUCAGGUCCGGGCAGAGGAAAUGGAGCAAGAACUGGGGAUGCUUGAGGCAAGGCUUGCCGUGCGUGAGGAGGAGAUGGAGCGGCUCGUGUCGCGAUUGCAGCAGUCUGAGCAGGAGCGAGAGAAGAAGCUCAAAGCAGUCACUCAUGAAAGGGACAGUCUGCAGCACAAGUGA